AUGAAGAUGAAGAUAAAAGUGUGUCAAGGGGUUGGUGGCAUCAUCCUCGCUACCAUGGUUACAGGUUUUAUGUUGGUGUAUAACAGCAGCUCCAGCAAAAGAUCGUCCUUCUCGUCGUCAUCACCUUCCCGCCACGUGGAGGCUCCCAUUCCAGACAGGACAAGACCAGAGGGGCACCCAACAUCAACUCUGGAGGGGUACACGGGUGUCAUGGACUUCAAGCCUCUGAACAUGCACUGCAGAACGUGCGCCCUGGUGACCAGCUCUGGCCAGCUCACCAGAAGCACGAAGGGCGAAGAAAUCGACCGCUCAGAGUGUGUUAUUCGAAUGAACGACGCUCCCAGCGCAGGUUACCAGCAGGACGUCGGCCGUCGUACCAGUCUGCGCGUCGUGGCUCACUCCAGCCUCCAAAGGGUGCUGAGGAGGAGACAGGAGCUGCUGUUCAACGGAAGCCAGGACACCGUGUUCAUCUUCUGGGGGCCGAGCAGCAGCAUGAGGCGGGAUGGGAGAGGCCACGUUUACAACAGCCUCAGGCUGUUAAAGCAGCUACAGCCCAAACUGAAAGUCUACAUCAUUUCCAGGAUCAAGAUGUUGAAGUUUGAUGAAUUAUUUAAGCGAGAAACAGGCAUUGACAGAUCCUCCUCUCACCCCACUGUGCCAUAUCAUUACUAUGAGCCCUCGGGGCCCGACGAGUGCUCCAUUUACCUUCUCCACGAGAGAAGCCAAAGAGGAAGCCACCAUCGCUUCAUCACAGAGAAGGUGGUGUUCUCAAACUGGGCUCGAACUCUCAACAUCCACUUCUACCAGCCCGACUGGGGGCCAGCGAACAGCUCGUGCACUUCAGUUCCAGCUGGUUCUUGGGACUCACUCCACAGAUGA